AUGGUGACUCAUCUGUACCUGGGUGUGGUAAUCCUGGCUAUUUUUGCAUCGACUGUCACUUGUGCAGAUAUUGACGUGGUUUGUGAAAAAGACUCGGUGAAAAUCAAAUGGAAGAUCAGUGCAGAGUUGGUGCCAUUUUCGGCUCGUCUCUUCCUGGGCACCUGCAUGGUAUCUCACCUGAAUGUUCUGCCCACCGGUGAGGGGGAAGCACAGUUUGACUACACGUUUGCGGAGUGCAAGUUUAAAAAACUGAUUAAAGGGAAACACAUUAAAUAUCAAAAUGAGCUGACUUACAGGCCACAAGCGAGGACAAAACCUGCAUCAUUUGUGUAUCCCAUUGAGUGUGUUCAAAAAAGACCUGAGACAUGGAUCCCUACAUUCCUGAACCCUGGGUCAGGUGUUUCUGCAGGCCGAGGUGGGCUGGUGAUCCACAUGUCCCUACUAAACGAGCAAUUGACAGGUGUGGCUGAGACCAACGUAAUCCCCCUGGGUUCUUUCAUGCCAAUAUGGGCAGCAGUGGAGCAGAAAUCCCAUCAACCUCUGCUCCUGCUCAUGGAGCAAUGUGUGGCAGCCUCUACACCAGAGCUGAAGCCCGGCAGCCAGGUUUACCCCAUCAUUAACAAUAAGGGAUGCCUCUUGGAAAGCAAGAGGGGAAGCUCCAUGUUCCUUCCUCGCUACCACUCAUCUGCCAUCAUCCUCUACCUGCAGUCCUUUAAAUUUAAUCUUGGCGAGGAGGUGUACAUUCACUGUAAGCUGGUUGUAUGGGAUCCUGAGGUUUUCGAUGAGGGCAAGAAAGCCUGCCAUUAUGUAAAAGAAAGUGGGAGCUGGGAACUACUCGACGACCCGUUUCAGAGCUCCCUAUGUAGCUGUUGUGAUUCAACCUGCAAGUCCCGUUCCAGAAGAGGACUUGAAUGGGAAUCCCAUGACCACAGUCGCACACAUUCUGUACUGGGACCUCUGAUCAUAGUGGAGCACAACAACAAAUCAGUCUCUCAGGAUGUUCUCGUCUGAACAGAUGGAGACACAUUGAUAAUCCUGCACAACAGAAGGGCUGGGAGCAGAUCACAGUUCUCCAUCAUGAUCAAAUCUCAUCAAAAUGUUGUUUCAGCAUGGUGUGGUCUUAUGUUUUCAGCUUUAAUACAAACUGUAGUUUGUAUCCAUUACCAAAAAUGUAAUGGUUUGUGUUCUGAUGUGCAAUAAAACUGGUUUAAGCUU